AUUAACGUAUUAACUAGAAAUAUCUUCUUCAGUCUCUUUUAGUGUUAUAGUUAUAACAGUAAAGGAAGUCAGAGGUGGUUCAUCUUCACUCAUGUUUAUUUAGUUCUUUUCUUUCCUGUCAAGAUAAAAUUUCAUAGCUCAUGAUCAUGUUUUGGUUGAAAAAGGUCGUGGGUCUCGCCGUUCAGACACCCCACAGUGUUAGAAACGUGUCGAGCACGUCGCCGGUUUUCGUCCGGCUCACGCCUGCUCUCUUGGCCGAGCCGUUGAAGAAGAAGAAGAAACUCGACCCGGCGAUUGUAAGGCAAAGGGAAGAAAGGAAAAGGAAGAAGAUCGAGAAGCAGAUCAGGCGGCUGGAAAAGAACUCUAAGCAGCUCAAGCCGAUAGACGAGUGCGAGGUACCCACGGAGAUCUUAAAGGACCCGACUCGACAAAGGGUCGUCUCUUUGUCCCAAGAGACCAAGUACCAAAGGUUGGAAGUGUUCAAACAAUGGAGCGCCUACAGGCGGCGUCAGAUGCUUAGAGAUGUCCAGAUGUUCGACAGGAUAUUGUACUCUCAGCAAAAGGCCCUGGACGAACUUAAACUAGAGUCGAAAGAACUCUAUGAUGAGGCGAUUAAGUUCGAUGAGAACUUAAUACCGUUCAAGUGCCAAGGACCUGUCGAAACGCCACCUAUCAACAAUUACGAUAGUCCCGAUGGUGAAUACAUCGAUAUUUCCAAAAAGUGGACCACUUAAAAUGCUACUGUAUAUACUAUUAGUAAUAAGUAAUAAAUUGUUAAUAAUUAAAUAAA